AUGACUACAGCCACCCCAGAGUCACCUCACAGUGACCCUACACCACAUAACAACAUGGACGAAAAGAAGGACGCAGUAGAGUUUGAGGAGCAUCAACACGUGGAACAUGAAGAUGAAAUCUCACCAGAGUUAGAACUGCUCUUGCAUACAGACCCUGGCCAUGGCUUAACCAGCGCUGAUGUAGAGGAACGACAGGCUAAAUUUGGCAUGAAUGAACUGCCAGAGAAGAAGACGAAUCCCUUUUUAAAGUUCUUUAGUUACUUUACGGGCCCUAUUUCCUAUUUAAUUGAAAUCUCUUGUAUCAUUGCUGCUGUAGUAGGCGACUGGAUCGAUUUUGGUAUCAUUUUGGCUUUGCUCAUCAUCAACGCUGUCAUUGGCUACAUUGAAGAAGCUAAGGCUGAAUCCGCCUUGGACGCAUUGCGACAGACAUUGGCUCUCAAAACGAGAAGUUACCGUGACAAUGAAUUGACUGAAGUAGAUGUCAAGGAACUGGUGCCUGGUGAUAUCAUUGUGCUUCGUAUUGGUGAUAUCGUGCCCGCCGAUGCUCGUCUUUUGGGUCUUGGCGUCAAUGGCGAGGAGAAUGACUCGGAACUCAUGAUUGAUCAAUCUGGCCUGACGGGUGAAUCGCUUUUGGUCGCCAAGAAGAAGGGCAGCACCGUGUAUUCUUCCAGUAUCAUCAAACAAGGUCAGCAGUUGGCUAUUGUCACAAAGACGGGUACAGACACAUUCAUUGGUCGUGCUGCCAACUUGAUUGCUAUUACUGCUGAAGAAGGUCAUUUCCAGAAAAUUAUCGGCAAAAUCGGCAAUGUCCUGAUCUGGUCCACUGUUGUCCUGGUGCUCAUUGUGUUUAUCUACCAAAUGGUCCAUUUCCGUAAUACGCCCAAGGGUAACUGGAAGAUUGUAUUGGAAAACUGUUUGGUGCUAACUGUCGCUGCUAUUCCCGUGGGUCUCCCUACUGUCAUGUCGGUUACAAUGGCUGUCGGCGCAAAGCAAUUGGCUGCAAAGCAGGUCAUCGUCAAGCGAUUGACCGCUGUUGAAGAACUGGCCUCUGUCUCUGUCCUGUGUUCCGACAAGACUGGUACAUUGACCUUGAACGAAUUGACCUUUGACAAACCAUGGCUCACCAAUAACUACACUGAGGACGACAUCUUGCUCUACUCUUACUUGGCUGCUGAACCAGGAGCCAAUGAUCCCAUUGAGUCUGCUGUACGUCGUGCUGCCGAAGGUCAACUUGAUAUCCUCAAAACUCGUCAAAAUGCGCGUGAAAUUCCUGGCUACAAGGUGACCAAGUUCUCUCCAUUCAACCCUACCACCAAGAUGACUCAAGCUACUAUCCUGGAUCUCGCUACCAACCAAAGCUUCAGUGUUGCUAAAGGUGCUCCUCAAGUCAUUACAAAGCUGGUCGGUGGUGAUGAUGGAGCUGUCCACGCUGUUAAUUCGCUUGCCCGUCGUGGCCUGCGUGCGCUUGGCGUUGCAAAGACACUGCCUGGCACGGAUGAUAAGUUUGAACUGGUUGGCAUGAUCUCUCUAUUGGAUCCUCCUCGUCCUGAUUCCUUGUCUACUAUUGCCGAAUGCAAUGCCCUCGGUGUGGACGUCAAGAUGAUCACUGGUGACCAAAUGAUUAUUGCCAAGGAAGUCGCUGCUCGUCUCGGCAUGGGUCGUGUUAUUUUGGAUGCGAAUCACUUGGUGGACCCCAACAAGUCUGAAGAAGAAGUUACUGAACACUGUGUCCGUGCUGAUGGUUUUGCUCAAGUGAUCCCUGAACACAAGUACCGUGUAGUUGAAUUGCUUCAGAACAAGGGUCUCUUGGUCGGUAUGACAGGUGAUGGUGUGAAUGAUGCUCCUGCUCUCAAGAAGGCUGAUGUGGGUAUUGCUGUCGAAGGCUGUACUGAUGCUGCCCGUUCUGCUGCUGAUAUCGUGUUGCUUGCUCCUGGUUUGUCCACUAUCACUGACGGUGUAAUUACAUCGCGUGCUAUCUUUCAGCGUCUUCGCUCCUACGCCCUGUACCGUAUCACUUCUACUAUCCACUUUUUGCUGUUCAUGUUUAUUAUCACGCUUGUUGAGGACUGGACCAUGCCUGCUGUGCUCUUGAUCAUGAUCUGUGUGCUGAACGAUGCUGCUACAUUGGUUAUUUCCAUCGACAACACUGAAAUUUCCGAGAAACCUGAUAAAUGGCGUAUUGGCCAGUUACUCACCUUGUCGUUUGUUCUCGCCUCUCUACUGGCAGCUUUAUCGUUUGCCCAUUUCUAUGUCGCCCGAGACGUGUUCCAUGUUACUGAUAAUGAGCUUCAUUCGAUCAUGUACUUGCAUAUCUCCUCAGCUCCUCAUUUCGUGAUCUUCUCAACUCGUGUGCCUGGUUAUUGGUGGAGAAACAUUCCCAAUUGGUUAUUCACAGUUUGCAUUAUCGGUACACAGAUCAUUGCACUAUUCUUCUCUGUGUACGGUAUUUUUGGUGAGCACGAAGGUGUGGCCCCUUGUGGUUACCCUUGGGGUCUAUCUGUGCUUGGCGUUUCCCUUGUAUACUUCAUGCUCCUUGAUGCUGUCAAGGUGCAAAUCUUCCGUUCUUGGAGCUUCGAGAUGACUGCAAAGGUGGUUCCCACUAAAGGUCGUAAGGCCAAGUUGGCUCAUCGCAAGGAGACCAAAGCCAAGGGCUUGGAAGUCGAAGCAGCAUGGAAAAAAAUCCAAAACCCUGUCGAAGCUAGUGCCAUUGCUGUUGCAUUCCAAAAUUACGCUCAAAAAGCUAAUUAA